AAAACAAAACUGUUUGAAACUUUAUUUGUUGGUCGAUUUGCUUCAUUCCAUUCCAUUCCAGGUUUUCAAGUGCGCUGCUGUACGAAAAGCAUUUAAUUUUUUGUUCCUAUUCCUUCUGCACAUUUUGAUUGUAAAAUUGUAAUUAUCCAAACGUGGCGCGCGUUAUACAAAGGCCCCGUGCGGCUGAUUCUAAAUCAAACAACACGAAAAACAGGUUUCCAUCAACAGGCGGUAAGCUGCGCGAGUGUGAGUUUGCAUCUCUUUGCCCGUCGUUCAUUGUCUCUCGUGUGGUCCAUGCCAUCGGUCGGCGUUGUACUGGCCACUCAACAGUGAAUGGUGCAUAAAGAAGGCACACUUUAUGCUGAACAGAACGGCGCAUGUGCAGUUGGAUGUAAACAUUCCGCCCAGUUAGUGUCUCCAAGUAUUUAAAGUGAUCCGUUUGGAUGCAGAGUUAAGUGGCCUGGAAAGAGUGCAUUUAGUGCUGUAUUGUUUGUGUAUUUGCGUGAAGCUGCGCCAGAGAAAGGAAACAACACGACGCACAGAAAACACGAAACAGGUGUUUUAGGUCGUUUAGCAUAAGGAUCCUAGCCCCUCAUUUCGGAAGUGGCCAUCCCUUUCACCACCGUGCGUCGUCACCCACGAUGGACACCUCACAAUCAUCAUCAUCGCUCUCGAAGCGUAGCAGCAUUCCUAUACCGAAGCGGAAAACAUCGCUUCACCUGUACAUUGCCGGCGGUGGUGGUUCAUCGUCGAAUUCAUCGUCCAACGUCGGUUCGGCUUCGGCUUCGAUAAAUGACGAUGAACCCUCGUUCACGCGCAGCAUGCUCGGUUCAUUCGUGCAGGCAGAAUCACCACCCGGCGGUGGAACCGGAAGCGGUGCACCGGCCGAGUACGUGCAGUUAAAGGAAACCCACAAUCGGUUGAUGGAAAAGUGUGAACAGUUAUUGAAACGAAACGUUCAGCUGGAAAAAUCGAACGAACUGCUGAACCACAAUGUGAAACAGCUUGCCGGAGAUUUGGAAACUUCGCAACGAGUGCUAACGGACUUUACGGAGAAGAAUCGACGCCUUAGGCGCAAGCUGUCCGAAAUCAUCCCUACUCCUGCGCCCGGCGAAGAAAGCGUUACGCUUGAUGCGGCCGAGAGCGAUGACGAGGAACAGUCUCCGUCGGCCGCUCGACUGCUGCCUGGUGCAAGUGUGGCCGGCCCGCAGACCGAAUCCAGCGGGAAGGGCACGGAAGUCGACAGUCUGUUGAACGAGAUGGAAAAGCUCAAAUCCUAUCUGAACAACGUCGAGCUGCAGCUGUACGAGGCGAAUGAGAAAAUCUCGGAACUGUUGGAAAAUAAACAACAAUACGAGGAAACGAAUCGAAAGCUGCGGGAGGAAAAUGCCGAGCUGAACAAGGUGGCCCGACUAAUGUCACGCAACAUGCUGGAAUCGAUCGACACUAGCAAAAGGCUCGAAAACACAUUCAUCAAGGUGCAGCGUGAGCGUGACCAGCUGGUCCGUCAGAAUCGUGAUUCGGUCGACUCGAAAACGAGCACCAAUGAGGAAAUUCAGAAGAUGCGCUCCGAAAUUGAGCUACAGCGCAAAACCUACGAAGCACAGUUCAUCGAAUAUAAAAGUCUCAUGAGCGAAGAGCACGAGCGCAAAACGAACGAUCAGAUCGUUGCCCUUGAGCUGGAAGUCGAGAGCCUGCGGCAGCAGCUGGACGAAGCACUGCGGCGGGCCGAGCAGGCCGAAGGUGAGGUGCAAUCGUUGCGCCAGCAGCUCCGUGUCAGCCGGGUACGCGAGUGGCAAAGUUCCAAGGCGGGUGGUACCGCGAGCAUCCUUGGAAUGUCCGAACUUCUGGACAGUGACGAUCCGCUGGUGUCUUUGCUGAACCGCUGCAGUAUGGCCGAACAUUCACCGGCCGGAUCGUCCUGUGGCCCGGCGGCAUCUGCACUUCCACCUCCUCCUCCCCCACCACCACCACCGCCACCACCGGCUCCACCGCUGCCGGCUAACCUUUUCGCUAACAACGGCAAGCACCUAACCCCCACCGGACCGGCAGGCGCAGACCGGGCGCUUGGCUUAAGCGAGGCGAUAUCGCAGCAGAAAUUAAAUCACGUAGCAAUAACGAAUGUAAAUAGUCCGCACCCGGCAACAGGUCUAGAUUCGGUGAUUGCCGAUAUCAAGAGUGGCAAGGUGACGCUAAGGCGAAGGCGUCCACCCAAUCCACCGGACCAACAUUCAUCCGCCGACGCAGAGGCAACCGCCGGUACCAGUAGCAGUAUUAGGGACAGUGAGCAGGAGUACAACCGUAUGAUCGCACGUAACCCGGGGCUGAAGGAGAUGUACGACAUAAUGGCGCGCAUGAAGCGGGCCAACCGGAAAUCGAAAAUUAUCUACGAAUCAGAGCUGGUGGGCCGGGGAACAGCAACGACAGGUGGCGAUACAGGUGCUAGCAGUACUGCCGCCCAGCAGGACACAACAGACGCUGGGGAUCGGAUAGUACGAACCGUUCGGCCACACACCCGUAUGGUGAUGGACGUAGUCGAUUUGUGAGUCCGGUGUCAAGAAAGCAUUAUAUUUUUUUAAACUGCCUUUUAACCACGAGCUAUGUACGCUAAUCCUUAAAAGAGUUUUUUUUAUUGUGUGUGUGAAGUGUAUUACACGUAACGUUCACCAGAAGUUAGGUAGCAAAUGUUUUGGAGCGAUAUUUACACGCUAAUAGCGAUCUUGCGAUAGAGAAAAUACGGAGUGCUAUACAACUAAAAUAUAUUUUAAGUGAUAAUA